UCUGCGUAUAAAUGUCGGGAGAGGCAGUAAUGAACUGUACGAGAGUGGACCACGACACUGUGGAGUGUGGCGGGAAGGAAUACCAUCUGGAGGAGCUCCUGGAGCCCACGGACGGCGUGUUCUGGGCCUACCUCCUCACCUACCUGGCCUUAGUCUUGUUCGCAGGACUCAUGUCAGGUCUGACGAUGGGCCUUCUCUCUCUGGACAUCAUGAGUUUAGAGGUGCUCAAGAGAGGAGGCAAACCUCACCAGCAGAGGUAUUCCACGCGCAUCCUGCAGUUGGUAAAGAGACAUCAUCUGUUGCUAGUUACUCUCCUCCUGGCCAAUGCCGUGGCAGUGGAAGCCAUGCCAAUCUUUUUGUCAAAGAUAACUUCUGAGGUGGUGGCUGUCGUCGUCUCUGUGACUGCAAUCCUCAUAUUUGGAGAGGUUGUACCUCAGGCAAUCUGCACGCGGUUUGGUCUGGCCAUUGGCUAUUACUUCUCUCCUCUGGUGUGGCUGCUGCUAGUUCUCCUCUUCCCAAUCUCCUUUCCCAUCGCUCUCCUACUGGACAGGAUCCUGGGAAAAGAUCACAACACAUUCUUCAGGAGAGCUGGUAUGCAGCACUGUCUCUUUCUCUCUUACUGUCUGUCAACUUUGGUUGUCAUAGAACUGAGGGAACUAGUCAAAAUGCACGGAUCACAUGAUAAUGAAGAGCCCCUCAAUCAAGAUGAGGUGUUGAUUGUCAAGAGUUGUCUGGAGAUGAGAGACAAGGUUGUGGAAGGGAUCAUGACGCCACUGGAGAGUGUGUUCAUGUUGAGUUACGAAGAUUGCAUUGACAAGAAAACCAUGAACAAUAUCGUGGUGCAGGGCCACUCUCGUGUCCCUGUGUACAGAGAGACAAGAGACAACAUUGUGGGGAUGUUGUUAGUGAAGAGGCUGAUCCACCUGGACCCAGAUGACUGCACGCCAGUGGCCAAUCUGGAAGGAGCCAACAUUCCUCCCCCCUCCUGCCACACCUCCAUGCCUCUGUUUGACCUACUCAACCAGUUCCAGACUGGCAGAAGUCACCUGUACCUGGUGUAUAAGGAUGGAGAAGAUGGAGUUUCAGAGCCGAAGCUGGUUGGGAUCAUCACUCUGGAAGAUGUGAUUGAAGAACUCAUUGGUGAGGAAAUAGUGGAUGAAACCGAUGUCUACGUCGACGUCCACAAGCGUAUUGCAGUGGCUCGAGCCAGACUAAAGUUUCUGAAACAGAGUGUGUCGGCUCCUCCAAUUGGAGCCCACCAUACUCCACCCCUCGCUCGCUCCCGCCACCAAUGGCAACGAAGUAUGUCGCAAGACUCCCAGCCGGCAUCCACCAAGACAGAGGACGGAAUGAGGAGUGGUGCAGUGUCUCCUCCAAGCAGAAUUCUAUCUGUGGUAGCUGAGGUUGAGGAAAGAUCUCUGGCCACACCCACCAGUAAUAAAGGGGUGGAGUCACCACUGACCACACCCACCACAGGGGCUGGGUCAGUCAAUAGGGAGGAGUCAACUCAGGGUAUGGAUGUAGAGUCAGAAGCAGAAGGAGAUGACGAUACACUGCCACUAAUAUAAACCACCCAUCAUUCUCUGUUGCGUCCAUGCUGUGCUUCAAAGAACAAUAUUUUGUAGAACUUGUGAUAUUGUGGCAACACAAAUAAUGUGGGGGUUUGACUCAAUACAUGGUCAGUAUGGGAAAUAGACUUUGACAGCCAUUUGUGUCCUGGUGCGACAAAUGGGGCAGCGAGAUAUCUGUGAGGAGCAUUCUUCACACACACAGAUGUGUCCACAAGGUACAAACACCAUCUCCAGAGGCCUGUCCAUACAUACCACACACUCCCCUCCCACUGGCAGGGAACUCGGCUGCUUGCUGGUCUCAGCAGAAGCCAUGGAGGUCCCCAGGGAGUAAGAGGGUACAUUGUUACCACCAACAGCACCAGGAGGAGAAGAGGGGUAAGGUGAGGGGUCAUAGGAAGACAUAGUUUUGGAGAGAGAGGAAGGCUGAGACAUGGAGUGGUAGCCAGAGGAUGCAUGAAAUGACGGAGGAGGUGCAGUGGAGAGGGGAGAGUGAGGAGUGAGGGAGUGAGGUUGAAAAGAACUGAGGGUGUGAGGAUCAGAAAGGGAGAGCCCAGCGAGGGAGAGGGUGUCAGUAGGGGAAUGUGAGGUGAGGGUGGGUGGCUGGAGAGCCAUCAUUUCAAGCUCCCUCUCAUCAAACUCGGCAGCGGGCAGAGUGCUGGGGUCAACUGGCGCAGGGGAACUCAGUUUACUGGGGAACCUUUCCGCUAGGAAUGGGCAGUUAGGACUGGCUCCACGAUGUUUCUCAACAGCUACAUCUCCGUCCACCCAACCAUGGAGGACCACCUCACAGCUGUGGCACUUCAUCACAUCCGGCAGUCUCAGGAGGAAGAGGCCUGCCUCAGCCAGCGUCAUUCGAGGGAUGGGGAACGCUGGAGAUAGCUUCUUGAAUGACUGAAAUCUGAUAUUCAGAUCAGAGUAGUUGGGUCGGUUGGCGGAGUCCGUAGCCAUUGUCUUGAGGAUGGGGGCUGGCGCUCUCUCUGACGAGGAAGACCCUUCAAUUAUUGACUUGAUGAAGGUGCAUUCUGGGUUGGCACGGCAAUGAACAAGGAGAGGGACAUCUCCUCUUCUCCAAUCUCUUACCUCCAGUCCACAGGAGAAGCAUACAACCUUUGUCCCCUCCCCGGUGUAGAAGAAUCCGACACUGGCAAGUUGGUACGAGGUGACAACAGAGGAAAGUGGCCAGUUGGAGUAGGAGUGGAGUCGGAGUGAAGUAUUGGAGUAUUGUGCCUGCUGGGAGCUGGGGGACGGGGUAAGUGACUCCAGCAGGUCAGGGAAAUCUUGACGAAGGAAGGCACAAUUGGGGCGGGCAUGACAGUGAAGAACUAAGGCCUCCUCCUCCCCCCACUCCUCCAGCUGAACUCCACAGGAGAAACAGCGGACCCUGUCCUCCAUGCCUGUGUAGUAGAGGCCUGCUCUUGCCAGCUCCUCUGGUCUCGGCAGGCUGUGGGGCCACUCCCUCCUGGCAAAUGUGCCAAUCCUAACAUCAAACCUCCGCAGGUCGACUCGUGAGGAGUUGUUGGGAUGGUCAGUAUGGUUCGUGUCAUCUCUCUCUCGUGACCUCAGUCCCACUGGAAGCUGGAGGGCCACCACCUCAGCCCCACGUACGCUCAGCUCAUUCCUGACCUGACAGGGUCUGGGGUGAUGGGAGACACUUCCUUUUCUAUCCACAUGUUUCACAUGCUCUCUCUGUUCUCUCUGUUUACUGAGAAUUGCUGUGUAUUUCUCUCUCUGGUGUGGAAGAUGUCCUCUGCCAGUCACACCUCUCUGCAGUUCAGAGGAGCUGAUAUCCUCCGGUGAAGUCUGGCAUGGAAUUAAAAGUUGUCUCCCGAUCACCAGGCAACCGUGAACCUCAUCUUUCUCCACUUUCUCCCCUUCUCCGUCGCUGCACGUUCUAUCAAACAUCAAUAGAGGAGGAGGCGAGGGAGGACGGUCCCAGCCGAGCUCGGUCUCCAAAUAGCUCUCUGGUAUCGAUAACGUCCGUGUACGGCGGGGAGAGGCGGCCAUCGCCUCCGAGAUCGGAGUACGAGGCU